AUGGAGCUGGAUCCGCUCACGCUUCUAGCGUUAGCGAUCGAGUCCGAGGGCGGCGCAGCCUCGUCCGCCCUCGUCGACGCGACCUCGGACCCGCCGCGCGAGAUGACGCUCCCUCAGCUGAUCAGCGCUGCUUCGCGUCUGGCGGAUCGCAUCGCCGGCGCCCUGGCGCGUGGUGCGGGUGCUCCGGAGGCCACGCCGAGCGGCGGCCAGCCGGUCGACCCUCCGUUUGUGGCCGUGGUCGCGGCGGAUGGUCCUCUCGUCGUGAUCGGCCCGCUCGCCGCACUCCUCGCCGGGUGCGCGUUUGUGCUCUGCGACCCCGCCUCGCCCGCCGAGCGGCUGAGGCACGUGCUGCACGACACCGCCGCCGCCGCCGCUCUCGUGCCGCCCGUCGCCACGCUGCCGGCCGGGUCUCUGCCUGAGGCUGUUGCGGCCGUCCGACGCGCCGCCGGUGGGAAAGUGGCGGUGAUCGAGGCGGACGCCGGCGAGAUGCUGCUCGGGGGGGAGGGAGGAGGGGCGGGAGGCGGGGGGUCGGAGGGUUGGGCGUCCCGCCUUCGCGCUGCGGCAGACGGGCCUCGCCUCGCGUACGUCUGCUACACGUCUGGCUCGACCGGCGAACCGAAGGGCUGUGCGGUUGAGCGGCGCGCUCUCGCCGCCUACGCUGUCGCAAACGCGGCGGCGCACGGCGUGGCGCGAGGCUGCCGUGUGCUGCUCGCUUCCGCCGUCUCCUUCGACCCUUCGAUUGGCGAGGCGCGUCCCCUCCCUCUUACUACCACUGCUGACUACUACUGCCGGAUUUUGGCGGCCUUCACCGCGCUGUGUGCGGGCGCGGCGCUGGUGCUUCCGCCGCUGCGCGAGGCCCUCAACAACCUCGGCCCGAUCUCGGCUCGAUCUCGGCUCGACCUCGGCUCGAUCCUUGUUGGUGAUAUUCGCUACCUCAGCGCUAUCUCGACGCUAGCUCGAGAGGCCGACGCCCAAAUCGUGGCUCAGCGCGACUAG